AUUGGCUCUGGCAUCGGAGGCGGUGGUGCGGGAAGAGAAUUUUGCGAGCUGGACACGUGGUAGCAAAGGAGAGAAACUAGGGAGUUUCAAGUUCCCUGAAGUUGGGAGCUUUGCACGACUUAGAGGAAUCCCUUUAAGAUGAAGCUAAAUCUUACCAAGGUGGUUAAUGGCUGUCGCCUCGGAAAAAUAAAAAACCUUGGCAAAACAGGGAACCACACCAUGGACAUCCCAGGCUGCCUUCUAUACACCAAGGCUGGCUCCGCCCCUCACCUGACCCAUCACACGCUGCAUAAAAUCCACGGGGUUCCUGCCAUGGCUCAGCUUACACUAUCUUCACUGGCAGAACAUCAUGAAGUCUUGGCAGAAUAUAAGGAAGGAGCUGGAAAGUUUAUAGGCAUGCCAGAAUCGCUCUUGUACUGUUCCCUGCAUGAUCCAGUCAGCCCUUGCCCAGCUGGUUAUGUAACAAAUAAGUCAGUGUCGGUGUGGGGUGUUGGAGGACGAGUAGAAAUGACUGCCUCCAAGUUCAUGGCCAUUCAGCAGGCCCUUCAGCCAGACUGGUUCCAGUGCCUUUCGGAUGGAGAGGCAACUUGCGAUGAAGCAACUUCCAUAAAAAGAGCCAGAAAGUCUGUUGACCGAUCACUUCUCUUCCUGGAUAAUUGUCUGAAGCUACAGGAAGAGUCAGAGGUCCUCCAGAAAAGUUCGAUCAUUGGAGUGAUCGAAGGUGGAGACGUGAUGGAGGAGAGGCUGAGGUCGGCUCGAGAAACAGCCAAGCGGCCUGUUGGCGGCUUCCUUCUGGAUGGCUUUCAGGGGAAUCCAGCAACCCUGGAGACUAGACUGCACUUGCUGUCAUCAGUCACUGCAGAGCUGCCGGAAGACAAACCAAGGCUCAUCUGUGGUGUUAGCCGGCCAGAUGAGGUGCUCGAGUGUAUUGAAAGAGGAGUGGACUUAUUUGAGAGUUUUUUCCCUUAUCAAGUGACAGAGCGGGGAUGUGCCCUGACUUUCAGCUUUGAUUACCAGCCGAAUCCUGAAGAGACAUUAUUACAACAAGAUGGAACACAGGAAGAAAUAAAAUAUGUGGAUCAAACAAAGAAAAGUAAAACAACCAGUUGCAACCGAGAAAUGACAUCAUUUGAAAUUAAUCUGAAGGAAAAAAAGUACCAGGAGGACUUCAGUCCUCUCGUGAGAGGGUGUUCCUGUUAUUGCUGUAAGAACCACACUCGUGCGUACGUCCACCAUCUGCUGGUGACGAACGAGCUAUUGGCUGGUGUCCUGCUUAUGAUGCACAACUUUGAACACUACUUUGGAUUUUUCCACUCCAUCCGGGAAGCACUGAAAAGUGACAGACUGGCUCAGUUGAAAGAGCUCAUCCGCCAGCAAGCCUCCUGAGACGUGGCACCCAGUCUGACUCUUCACGUCGAGCCUGCACCACAGUUGUGAUGUGGGAAGAAGAGAGCCAGAAAUGAUCGUAACUUUUAACUUUAAUCACUUAUAUUUGAGAAUGAAGUCUACUUAAAGUAGGAACAUCUGUACUGAGCUCUGCCCACAUGAGGCUAAAGAGACUUCUUAUGACUGAAAUGACCUAGAUUGAUCAGAAGAAACUGAAACAUGACCUUUCAUAUUUCUACACUCUUUUAGUCAAUUGAGAUUUGUUUAGUCAAAGAUAAGCUUUAGAUAUAAGAGGACAGCCUUGAAGUGGGGAUGAUGAAAAUCUGAGGGUUCACUGAAUUGGAUUGGAACUUGAAGGGAGAUGAUUGGUCAUAAGUCAUAUGACCUCUGUGGAUAUGUGCCUGCUGACCAAGAGGAAUCUAGCUGAUUCAAGAGUUUUCUUCAUUUUAAUCCUAAUAUUCUCAGGGGCCUCUUUUGGAUUCUUCUGCCUCCCAAGCUGUCCUGGCAGUGCAGUCAACCAGAAAUGACUCUUGUGACUUCACCAGGCUCACAUCUCCAUGGAAUGUGGAGCUCUCACAUUGCUCCAAUGACCAGUUGACACAGGGCACACUCUUCAUUUGACCAUAUGGUCUUUCUGUGACUUGCCUCCCUAAAGUCACCACAGUUGCCUAUGUGGAGCUGAAAGUGCAUUGCAGCUUUCAUCUGGUCAUACAGAUCCACUGUGGUCUGCCUUUCAGGCUCAUUCAUAGUCGAGCCACUUAACUGAAGUUCCAUCACUUGGGGAGAUUCAGUCACCUGAAUCUCCCUGACGGGAGCCCUGGCCUGGCUGUUAGGGGAUUGGGUUUAAGUUACUCAGCUGUAACACUUGGGCAUAUAUCACUUAACCUCCCCAUUCCUGUUUCCUUCUCAAUAAUGGGGAGAGGCAUAGUGAAGAGUGCUAGAUGAAUGUCUAAGAUUCCAUCCAGCUCUUAAUAUUUGGGGAACAAGAAGUUUUAGAUUAGAACCAUAGCUUUACAUGUAUCCUUGUUUAUUGAUCACUAUUGGCUUGAUUUAAAAUACAGUGGUAUCAGGAGUUAGGCAACAGUAGAGAUAUUUGAGAGCCUAAAAAGAGGUUUGGCCCAUGGAUUUUAAAGUGGUUGGUAAAUUGUCAUCCGCAGGUCGUGAGGCUAGGAGGGCCUUCCCUGAUCACAUCUCCUUCUCUGAAUUUUUUAUGCCCUUGUCAAAGGAAUGACAUUCAUGUUGAUGAUAUGACAGGUGAUUUUUAUUUAGAAGUGCUUUUCUAUAUUUGUCAAGUUUCCUGUAAAAAUACACAUACGUGUGUGUUUCACACAUAGUUUUUAUAAAAACAACAGAACCAAAAAGAUGCCUUUGUUUUGUUUGUAGGGGUAUAAAAUAUUUGUUUUAUAUUCUUAUGCUGUAUUUUUCUCUUUGUUCAUUUUAGUGGGCAUUACUGAACAUUGUUUUUGAUUAUUAUGUGGUUACUAUAUUUUUAUAUGUUGGGCGCCCAUCUAUAUGGUCUUCUUUUAUUAGUGGUUUAAGAAUGUAUAUGAAUUCCAAAGUUCAUGAAUUUCAGAAUUCACAGACACUUCCUGUAACCUCUCCUCCAAUGAAUGGCAAGGGUACUUACAAAAGACAGAAUUUCUAUUCUCAAGAAUCUUCUUGUUUUGAAAUAUAUUGGAUUGGACUUGUUCAUAUGUUUAUAGUCCUGUUCAAUGUCAAGCCCAUUGUUGGAGGAGUAUUAAUAAAUAUCCUAGAAUCCAUAUAAAAUUUAUGAGCUUUAUUUGUAUUCAAAAUGCUGAAAAUUCUACCCAACUUUGUCCAUUUCUCUGGGUCUUUUUCUUAUUAGCACAUUUGAAAGAAUAUUUCUUUCCUUUGAACUGAUUAAAGUCAAUAACCAAUAAACAUUUUUAA